AUGCCGAAGCUGUAUGCUUUCAGCAAAGCUUCGGGAGUCCCUGUGAAAUCAUUACUACGCAUCGUGUGGGGCAUCGUGUUGAGAUGCUAUACUGGCUCUGACGAUGUCUGUUUCGGCGUGUCUGAACACUCGGAUGUUCAUUCCACCUCAAUUUGCCGUCUUCUAUUCAACGAUGAAAUCCUACUCAGCGGGUUUUUCCAGAGCUACCAGUCGCUAUUUGAGAAGGCCAACGAGAAUCGCGCUGAUCUGUCCGAGGUGAAACAUCACCUUGGGCUUGACGAUGUGUGCCUAUUCAACACACACCUUGCCUACUUUGAAACACCCAGUGAUUCUGUUGAAGAUGCCGAUUCGCUUGCUACGAAUGAUGCAGGCAAGAUCAUUCUUACAGCUAUCGUUAAUGGAGGCCUCGUGGAGAUUCGGUUUACAUUCUUUUCUGACACUGUCACGUCAGCUCAUGCCACCCAUAUCGUCGGCGCGUUUGACCGCAUUAUUGAUGCAAUGACAACCGAUUGGUCUGGUGCCCAGACGCUGGGUACGCUGGACUUGUUGCCAAAACAGUCGUAUCGGCAAAUUCAUGACUGGAAUGCUUACCAGCCCCCUCGGCUUGAGAAGUGUGCGGAUGACUUGAUCAAGCAACAGGCACUUCUUCGUCCUCGAGCGGAGGCUGUUUGCUCUUGGGACAAGAGUUUCACUUAUGGUCAGCUUGAGAUCGUUGCAAGUCGUCUCAGUCGCUAUCUUACCGGUCUGGGAGUAAAGCCCGAGGUAUUUGUCGUCCUGUGCUUCGAGAAAUCAGCAUGGGCGGUUGUUGCUCAGCUUGCUGUUCUGAAGGCUGGUGGUGCAUUCGUGUCCAUCGACCCAACACAUCCCGACAGUCGCCUUAAGACAUUGAUUGACGAGAUUGGCGCAGAGCUUGUUCUGUGCUCCUCUUCCAUCCAGUCAAAACUUGCAAAGAUUUGCAAGAAGGUCUUUGGCGUAUGUCAGAAGUCCAUCUCUCAGCUUCCUGAGUCUCCUCUUGUGCUUCCCCCUACUCGUCCUUCGCCGCACAAUGCUGCGUAUGCGAUUUUCACUUCUGGUACGACCGGCAAGCCAAAGGCAACCGUGGUUGAGCAUGUGGCUUUGAGCACAACAGCUGCUGCCCUGAAGACGGCUCUUCACAUGGACACGCAAACUCGCUCGUUGCAAUUCUCCAACUACACCUUCGAUGUCAGUGUGCUUGACACUCUCAUGAUUUUAAUGACCGGUGGCUGUGUUUGUGUGCCCAGUGAAGAAGAACGAAUGAACAAUCUCGCCGGCGCUAUUCAACGCAUGGAUGCCAACUACAUGGCGAGCCCGCCUGCAAUCAUGAACACUCUGGAUCCCAAGAGCGUACCAAAUCUGAAGACAAUCAUCACAGGUGGCGAAAAGAUGCCUUCUCAUCAUAUUGACCGAUGGCGUGAUCGCUUCGUCGUGAAUGCAUAUGGACCGUCCGAGGCCGCAGUGUGUGCUACUGCGGGUGUGAAGGUUGACUGGGAAGGCACUCGUGUCAAUGAUGACCCAACUUCUAUCGGAUUCGCAGUCAACUGCCGGGUCUGGAUCGUUGACCCUAACAACUACAAUCGGCUGCUCCCUGUCGGUGCAGUUGGCGAAUUGCUUCUGGAAGGAAGUAACAUUGCGCGCGAGUAUCUGGGCAACCCGGACAAGACGAAGGCGGUCUUUGUCAAAGAACCGACGUGGAGUCAGCAUGCAGGCCUCGCCGACUUGUUUCGGCGUAAGGACCGCAUGUAUCGUACCGGUGAUCUAGUCCGGUACAAUCCCGACGGUUCAUUAACGUUCGUUUCACGCAAAGACACGCAAAUCAAAUUCAACGGGCAACGCAUUGAACUUGAAGAGAUCGAGCAUCAAUGUGUCUCAUGUCUUCCGGAAGGCUCACAGGUGGCAGUGGAUGUUGUAGUGCCUCAAGAAAGAAGCGUCUCGCGAAGUCUUGCCGCUUUCUUCACAGUAUAUGACCACGACUCUUUCCAGGGUGGCAGCAAAGACGACUUUGCACCCACUGUUCAGGGUGCUGAUCCACUACUUCUUCCCAUAUCUGUUUCCAACAUGGACACCAUACAGAAGUUGAAGAGCUCUCUUCCAGACCUUCUCCCCCAAAGCAUGAUGCCUAGAUUAUUUUUCCCCUUGCGAAACCUUCCCUUUACAUCUUCUGCCAAGAUUGACCGUCGCCGCCUUCGUGCUAUGGUUCAAACUCUGCCAAGGGAUAUCCUGAAGUCGUACGUCACUUUCAAGGCAACCACCGACGAAGAGAUCCGGUGCUCGAAUGGAGUCGAUGCCAAGCUCCGCGAACUCUGGGAGAAAACUCUUGAACUUGAGUCGGGAUCGGUGAGAAACAACGACAGCUUCUUCGCACUGGGGGGUGAUUCCUUCUCGGCGAUGAAUCUCGUCGGAGCUGCUCAAGCAGAAGGAAUUUCGCUCACUGUCGCUACCAUCUUCAAACAUCCUACCCUGAUCGAGAUGGCUCAGGCUUGCUCGGUUUCAUCUGAAGUUUUGCCCUCUGCCCACAAGCCCAUCAAGCCAUUCUCUCUCAUUCCGUCCUCAGUCAAUCUCGAGGGUCUUUUGGAAGAGAUUUCCGAGGCCUGUGGAUUACAGAAUGAUGAGAUCGAAGAUGUCUAUCCAUGUAGCGCUGUUCAGGAGGGUCUUCUGACCAUGUCGGUGAAGCAACAGGGCGCCUAUGUUGCGCAACCAGCUUUCCGGCUCGCUGAAGGCGCUGAUCUCGCACGCUUCAAACAAGCAUGGCAGCAGACAGUGGACGACUUGGAAAUUUUGAGAACCAGAAUUUUGCACACAGAAGAGAUGAAGUUUGUGCAAGUGGUCGUCAAGGAUGCCCCCAUUGAUUGGAUUCAUGCAGGCUCAUUUGAUAAAUUGCCUCAUGACAUCGCGAAUAUUCCAAGUCAUGAUGGUGCUCCCCUGACUGGAUACGCUAUUGUCCAAUCACUGACUUCUUCCACCCGCUUCUUUGUCUGGUUUGUCCAUCACUCUCUCUACGAUGGCUCAAGCAUUCCUCUUGUCUAUCGGAGAUUUGAAGAGAACUACAGAAAGGUGCAGGCAAAGGCAGUGGCAACUCCCUACAAUCUGUUCAUUGACUACCUUGCCAGAAAUGAUAGAGCUGACAGUGAUGAGUUCUGGAAGAGCUAUUUUGCUGGCAUCUCUGCCACUCCUUUCCCCCAGAACAAAAACACAGUGCCUGAUGCGCUUCGAGCUGGUAACACUCAGCUGUACACUGUUGAAGUCGCGCGGCCUCCCAACUCUGUGGACUUCACCCUUCCAGUUCUCCUGCGCGCAGCAUGGGCCCUUGUUCUUGCAACUCACACAGGCAAUGGGGAUGUUUGCUUUGGCGAGACUCUUUCUGGUCGCAACAUUGACCUGCCUGGGGUAGGCAACAUCGCGGGUCCUGUUCUAUCCACAGUCCCGACACGUGUCUUGGUCGAUCCGGGCAUGGCGAUUGCCGAUCUUCUCAGUCAGAUCAAUCAAUCCACAACAGAGAUGAUUCCUCACCUUCAUGCAGGCCUCCAACGUAUUCGCGCGAUUAACCAAGAUAGCUCCUCGGCCUGCGGGUUCCAAAACCUCUUGGUCAUCCAAUCGACAAACGGACAGCUAGACAGCGAUAUCUGGAUUGAUGAAAAUAUCAACACCUCUGAAGACUUUUUCACCCACCCACUUGUCAUUGAAUGCGGCGUCUCGAAGACUCAUGUCUCAUUCACCGUUCAUCAUGACGAACUUGUCAUCAAUGGCUGGCAAAGCAAACACUUGGCCGAACAAUUCGGUCAUGUGCUAAGACAAUUGAUCUCUACCCCCAAGACAAGCUUGGACAGGGUUGGAUCCAUCGAGAUGAUCAGCUCCGAGGAGAAACUGGAGAUUGCUCGCUGGAAUCAGCGUCAGAUACCCUCCAUCGAUCGAUGCAUCCAUGGAUACAUUGAGGAAAUGAGCCUCAAGACACCCAAUGCGCCUGCGGUCUGUGCUUGGGACCAAGAAUUGACCUACAAGGAGUUCUGGGAUGCAGCUUCCUCCUUCGCCAAUUACCUUGCAUCCCGUGGCGUGGGCCCUGAGGUCUUCGUGCCGGUUUGCCUCGAUAAGUCUGCCUGGGCGAUGGUAACUCUCAUCAGCAUUCUGAUCGCUGGUGGGGGCUAUGUUCCCUUGGAUCCUCAUCACCCAGUGUCCCGACAUGAGGAAAUACUCAAGGAUGUCGGUGCUACCAUGAUUCUGUGCACGCCUUCUUACAGCAACCGAUACCGUCAACUUGUCAAGACCGUGAUCCCAGUUAGCAAAGAUACACUGAGAGCUUAUGGAUCUUUGAACGCUUCACACACAGCCCGAAAACAGGUCCGACCAUCGAACAUGGCCUACACUCUCUUCACUUCUGGAUCCACUGGGCGCGCCAAGGGCAUUGUUGUUGAGCAUCGAAAUGCAGUCAGCAGUAUCAUGGCAUUCGGGCCAAUGACCCUAAUGGGCCCGGAAUCCAGAGUCUUCCAGUUCGCCUCUCUGACUUUUGAUGCUGCAAUCAUGGAGACACUCGCAGUUCUUAUGCUCGGCGGUUGUAUUUGUGUUCCCAAUGAGGAUGAACGCUUGAAUGAUGUCGCCGGCGCUAUGAGACGUCUGAAUGUCACAUGGACUUUCCUUACACCCUCCAUUGCCAGUAUCAUCGAGCCGUCAUCAGUUCCUUCGUUGAAGAUCCUUGUCGUGGGUGGCGAGAAGAUGUCUCAAGAGGUCAUUACGAAGUGGGCCAAUGUCGUUCACCUCAUGAAUGGAUAUGGGCCUACAGAAACCGUCGUUUUCGCUGUGGUCGAUACUGCGGUCGCUGCCAGCCGUGACCCAGCACGUAUCGGCUACGGUAUUCCAUGUACCUUGACUUGGAUUGUUGAUGCGGAUGAUCACAAUCGCCUUGCUCCACUCGGUGCGGUUGGCGAGCUUGCCCUUGAAGGUCCAGCUCUCGCGCGAGAGUAUCUCAAGAACCCCCAGAAAAAUGCGGAAGCUUUCGUCAAUGACCCCGCAUGGGUCAAAGACUUCCUUUCUCCUAGUUCUGUGUCUUCGUCUCGUCGAAUUUACAAGACGGGUGACCUUUGCUAUUACAACCCUGAUGGUUCUAUUGAGUACAUCAGCCGGAAGGACCACCAGAUCAAACUUCAUGGCCAACGAAUGGAGCUAGGGGAGAUUGAACAUCGACUCUCGGAGCACUCGGCAGUUCGUCAUGCGGUGGUCAUUCUGCCCAAGGCUGGGCCCCUGAAACAACGUCUUGUGGCGGUUCUUUCUGCGUCCGACAACAACAAUGAUGAAAAAUUGAUUUCAGACAAGGCAUGCGAGCUGCUCGAGCCUGACCACAUGCAGAAUGGUGGCUUGAGUAGGCUUGUCGACAUUCAGAAGAGUUUGGAGUCACAGCUUCCGGUCUAUAUGGUACCUCAAACUUGGGCCCUUAUCAAAAAGCUUCCCAUGCUUGUGUCGGGCAAACUUGACCGGAAGAAGAUCUCGGCCUGGCUUGAAAACAUUGACGAUGGUUCUUACGAGCGCAUCAUGCAGGACUUUGAUCAGAUGAAGCGAGGUGUGGUUCAAAAGCCAGAGACUCACCAGGAGAAAGAAGGGCCAGUGAAGGUUGUCCGUGAAAUCAUUGCCCAGGUACUCAAUAUAUCGUUGCAGAAGGUCAACCUAGAUCGCUCCUUUGUGAGUCUAGGCGGCGAUAGCAUCACUGGAAUGGCUGUAAUCUCAAAGGCGCGCAAGCAGGGUUUGGUCGUGACACUGAAUGACAUCUUGCAAUCCAAGUCUGUCAAAGAGCUGGCUCAAGUCGCUCAAACGAAAAAGUCGACUUCGUCUCGACAUCAAGAGAAGGCAGGAGAAGGAUUUGCGUUGUCACCCGUUCAGAAGCUCUACACUCAAUGUUCGAACUUUUUCAAAGGAGAAGCUCGAUUCAAUCAAAGCAUCACAGUUCGCAUUGCUCGAAGAGUUGAGAGCGAGGUACUUCGCCGUGCCAUCACCGCUGUCACAAGCCAACAUGCAAUGUUGCAUGCUCGAGUCUACAAGAAGAAUGGCAUUUGGCAACAGAAGAUCGUGGAGGAUGUCGAUGAUUCUUAUCAAUUCCGUACUCAUUCCAUCACGAAUACUCGCGUGAUGGUAUCAAAGAUCGCGGAAAGCCAAAAUUGCCUUGAUCCCUUCAAUGGCCCGAUCUUCGCGGCAGAUUUGUUCAAUCUCCAGACUGGAGGCCAAAUUCUGUUCCUUGUCGCGCAUCACAUGAAUAUUGAUAUGGUGUCAUGGCGUAUCAUUCUCCAGGAUCUGGAGGAGUUCAUUGUCUCAGGAUCGCUGUCAGAUGACAAGGCCAUGUCUUUCCAGACCUGGUGUUCCAUGCAGGCUGAGCGUGCUAAAGUCCAUGAUAUUAACCUUGCCCUUCCGUUUACAACGAAAGUAACCGACUUGAACUACUGGGGCAUGACUGGAGUCGCAAACCAGUACGGCGAUAUCCAAACGGACUCGUUCACUUUGAGUGAAGAAACCACCAGCAUUCUGCUUGACGACUGUCAUCGAGCCUUUGGCACUGACACAGUCGACCUUCUGCUGGCGGCGACCAUCAGCUCAUUCCAAAGGGCCUUCACGGACCGAAGUGUCCCCACGAUCUACAACGAAGGUCACGGUCGAGAGUCGUGGGAUUCAAGCGUCGAUCUGUCCAGGACAGUGGGAUGGUUUACAACAAUGACACCGCUUAAUAUCGAUGAAAAAGAAGGUUCGAACACAGUUUCCGCAAUAUUUGAUGAAAUCUGUCAAGCUAAAUACGCAGCAGGAGACAUUGUCAACAUCGUCAAGCGUGUUAAAGACACACGAAGAAGUAUCACGGAAAACGGGCGCCCAUACUUUGCCAAAAGCAUCCUAGAGUCUGGCCAGAACUCUUGCAAGGAUUUCCCGGUGCCUAUGGAAAUCCUGUUCAAUUACCUUGGCAGGCUCCAGCAACUUGAGCGUGCGGAUUCCCUUUUCCGCCAUCAGAAGGAGAGCGUCGUCAAAACCUCUGACUUUGCUGCUGCUGGUGACAUGGGGCCCGAGACAACCCGGUUCGCGCUGUUCGAGCUUUCCGCUAUCAUUCUCAACGACUGCUUGACGGUUUCAUUUACUUACAACCGCAAAAUGUCUCACCAAUCCAAGAUUCAGACCUGGAUUCGACAAUGCAAGCAGACUCUCGAGGUUGAAGUCUCUGUCCUCAAAAAUGCAGCUCCGGAACCCACGCUCUGCGAUUAUCCUUUGCUUCCCCUUGAUUACAGCAAUUUGAGGACUCUUACGGCAAUGACUUUCAGAAAGCUCGGUAUUCGGAACAAGGAUGAGGUGGAGGAUAUUUACCCUUGCUCUCCAAUGCAGGAGGGAUUGUUGCUAAGUCAACUCCGCGAUCCAAGUGCGUACAUGUUCCACACUGUUUUCGAAGUAAGAGAUACCCGAUCUGCAAAGGUGGACCCUGAAAGGCUCGCAACCUCGUGGCAACUCCUGGUGGACCGCCAUCCAGUCUUGCGCACCGUCUUCGUGGACAGCAUCUACAGCGGAGGUUCCUUUGACCAGCUUGUCCUGCAUGAUGUUUCAGACAGCGUUCUACGCGUUGAAUGCUUCGAUUCACAAGUUGAGAACAAGCUGAAGGCGAUAUCGCUCCGCGACUUGAACGCUAUCAGGCCCGCAAAGCUCUCGCACCAAUUCACCGUUUGUAAAACACCAGGUGGGCGCGUGAUUGUCAAGCUUGAGAUUAACCAUGCAAUUAUCGAUGGAGGCGGCGUCGAUAUUCUUCUUCGUGACUUGGCUUUGGCCUACGAUGGUCGACUCGCCGACGGUCUGGGCCCGAAAUUCAGUGACUACAUCCAAUUCAUCAGAUCGCAGAGUCAGGAAUCGGCGCUAGCUCACUGGAAGGGUUAUUUGAACGAUGUGAGACCUUGUCAUGUCAAGUCUGCUGUGUCCUUCCUCAAAAAGAGACAGUUGAAGGGCAUUCUCAUGGAUUUCGCACGUUAUCCUGAACUCCUCAAGUUCUGCGAGCAGGCCUCAGUCACGCUUGCCAAUUUGACCCUCUCGGCUUGGGCAAUUGUUUUGCGUGACCUCACACGCAGCGAGAAUGUAUGCUUCGGGUAUCUGUCCGCUGGUCGUGAUGCGCCUGUGAAUGGCAUUCAAGACAUGGUUGGUAUCUUCAUCAACAUGCUUUGUUGCCGGGUCAAGUUUUCCCGGGACCAAACUUUGGCCGAUAUCUCCAAAAAGGUCAACGAGGACUACAUUCGCAGCAUCCCGCACCAAAGCUGUUCUCUCGCGAGUAUCCAGCACGAACUCGGUCGGCAAGGUCAGUCUCUAUUCAACACGACUCUAUCCAUUCAGAACCAUGGCGUGGGUGGAGGCAUGAAGGAAAAGGGUUUGAAGUUUGAUCUUCAACAUGCACAUGAUCCCAGUGAAUAUGCGGUCACGGUGAACGUCGAUAUCUCUCGCGGCUCUGAGGGAAUUAUGCUUCGUUAUUGGAAUGACAUGGUGAGCGAUGAUCAAGCGCAAUACAUGGUCGAAAGUAUUGCCAAGGUCUUUGAGGGUUUCAUCGAGUCACCAUCAGCUACUGUUUCCUCGUUCAAACUCGAGCCAGAUGUCAUUGAGGGCCAGGCCUCUGACUGGGCAGUGUCUCAGUCCACACUGAAUGAGAAAUCGCGCUCUGGAUUCGAGAGCAUUGAUGAUGCUGCGAUUCAAAAAUUGGUCGACAAUCGGGUGCAUCAGAUCAUUGAGCAGAUGGUAAGGGAGGGGAAGCUGAUGGUGCCGCACUCGCACCAAGAAAGUUUGGCAGCUGUCCAACAAGAUGAAGAUCAGGAUGAAUAUGAAGAUGAGCUCGACUCCUCUUACCAAUUAGAUAGACUGCGAGGAACAGCGGAUGAUUCCGGUGUUUGCUCUGCAUCAUCACGCUCAAGCGAAGAUGCCUUCGGAGUCGACCUUGAGAAGAGACUGUGGAUCCUUUGGAGUACUGCUUUAGGUAUAUCUCCGAAUGUUGUGCGACACCAGGAUAGCUUUUUCAAGCUUGGUGGUGACAGUAUCACAGCGAUGAAAAUGGUCAGCGCUGCUCGUGAGGACGGUAUGAUUCUGACAGUUGCGGAUGUCUUCAACAAUCCUGUUUUUGCAGACAUGCUCGCAACUGUGCGCGCAGCCGGUGCCACUCAGCGAAUGUUGGAUGUGGACCUGAAGCCUGCUUCGAAAGAUGUCGAGUCUUUCAUUGAUAGCAAGCCCACCACCUUGGCACCAACUCCCUCGACUGACAGCAUUGCUGUUCUCACGUCGAUCAAGACUCUGGAUGAUGCCUCCUUGCAAAACGGCAUUUGCCCAAAGAUUGGUGUUUUCAAGGGCGGUAUUGCAGACGUUCUCCCAGUAACUGACUUCCAAGCUAUGUCACUCACAGCAACUCUGUUCAAGUCUCGCUGGAUGCUCAACUACUUCUUCUUGGAAGGAAAUGGGCCUUUGGACCUCCGUCGCCUCAGAGAAAGCUGCUUGAAGCUUGUUGAUGCAUUUGACAUCCUCAGAACCGUUUUCGUCUGCUUCCAUGAUCAAUUCUACCAAGUCGUCCUUCGCAAGAUACGACCGAGCAUCUUUGUAUAUGAAACGGAUCGCGGCAUGGACGAGUUCACGAUGAGCUUGCAGCAGCGCGAUCGCGAGUAUGGACCACGUGAAGGAGAGCAAUACGUUCAGUUCUAUGUCGUCAAGAAGAAGAGCAGUGACGAACAUCGCAUCAUGAUUCGUCUCUCUCACACCCAGUAUGACGGAGUAUGUUUAUCAAAGAUUAUGUCUGCGAUCAAACUGGGCUACGAAGGCAGUCCACUUCCCCCAGUCACUCCAUUUGCCAGUUAUCUUCGCCAACUUCCAGGAACGAUUGGUCCGGAUCACUACAACCACUGGACGAAUCUGUUGAAGGGUUCGCAGAUGACCCAGGUCGUGCGUCGUAAGGGGACGACCAUGUUCCAGAACGUUGGCUCAUUUGCAGAAAUUCGCAAAACCAUCGAAGUUCCUCCGACCGCUUUGGGCAAUGUCACAAUUGCGACUGUCAUGCAAGCUGCAUGGGCCAUUACAUUGGCCAAGCUCUCCGCUCAAUCGGACGUUGUCUUCGGAUUAACAAUCAGUGGCCGAAACGCAACCGUACCGGGGAUUGAGAACACCGUUGGUCCCUGCGUGAAUGUGAUUCCGGUUCGUGUGAAGUUUGAUGAGAAGUGGACCGGUGUUGAACUCUUCCGUUACCUUCAAGAUCAACAGGUCUCCAACAUGCCAUUCGAAUCGCUUGGCUUCCGCGAGAUCAUCAGACAAUGCACCGACUGGCCCGCAUGGACCUACUUCACAACCUCGGUGUUCCACCAGAAUGUCGACUAUGAGGGCUCGCUUGAGCUUGACAACAUCAAGUACCGUAUGGGCGGCGCUGGUGUCAAUGACAAUUUUGCGGACCUCACUCUUGUCUCCCGUCCUGCGGACGACCGAAGCUUGAAUGUAACCCUCGGAUAUUCGGAGAAGGGCCCUAUCGUACCUGCUUUCGCCUCCAAGGUGCUAGACAUGGUCUGUGAGAUUGUCCAAUCCCUGGUCGCAAACCCUUCAACCGUUUUACCCUCCCCGAGCAUGUUACGCGCGUUCCCAACGCAAGUAGUUGAUGACCUCCCGUGGGCCACGGACGAGCAUUACCUUAGCUCUCACCUCAAGACUCGCUCCAUCGCUGAGCUCUUGGUUCACUCCGAUGUCCUGUCACGCUCAUGGAAUCAAGUUCUACCCAAUCAGGAUGUAGGCCAGCUUCCUGUUUUGGAAGACUCAAAUGCCAGUCCCAGCGCUUUCCAACUCGACUCGUCAUUCUUCGACCUUGGUGGUGACAUCUUCAAUAUGGCCCAGCUCACAUGGCUUCUUGAACAAGAAGGACUCAAGGUUUGUCUUGAGGACCUCUUGGAGCAUCCAUCCUUCCUUGGUCAGAUGGCUGUGCUGGCUUUACACAAUGCUCCACAAAACGAACAGCCCAAUCCACACCUUGCUAGUGGUGCCAUUCCCGCCGAUUCCGCUGCCACCACACGCGUGGAAAAGAAGAAGACCUGGGAGAAAGCGAUGACAAUUGCUCGCAAAUUGACCCGGCGAAGCAUGGUCUUGCCAAACAAUGCUUAG